AUGGCUACUCCAUUGUGGGUGUUGUUUUCGCUUAUGUUUUCGUUGGAUCCGGGCUCGAGGAAUGCUCCGAUUCCAAAUAACUGUGUUCCGGAGCAUUACGAUUUGGAGUACAGUUUUUCCGGCGGUUCUCGAGGAAUGGAUCAAGCCAGCGGAUUGGUUGCGAUACAUUUGAGCUGUUCGGAUAGCUCCAGUAGCGUUUCGCUACACUGGAAACGACUGUUGAUUAUUGAAGACCAGGCUUCGAUGCAGAUGAAAGAUGGUAAAAAUACCAGCAUUGGCAUAAAACGGUUCUUCUAUUGGCAGAACAGUGACACUGUUACAGUUCAUUUCGAAUCGACGAUUGAAAAAGGUAACAAAUAUAUUUUGACGAUUGCCUUCAUCAAGGCGCUGAAUACGGAACCAAUUGGAUUGUUUCGCAGUUAUCAUUAUGACCAUGAAGUGGAAGCGAUUAGCUGGAUGGUGAUGACUAGUUUCUACCCGAACCAUGCUCGAAGCGCCUUUCCUUGCUUCGAUGAGCCGCAUUUGAAGAGUACAUUUAGUUUGAAGCUGACUUUUGAUCAGCAGUACAGCGCCGUGAGUAACUUGAAGUCCCAACAGAAUGACAGCUUUGACGAGGAUGACCCUAACCGGACCAGCCAAAAGUUUACUUCUGAAAAGCCGAUGGCGCCAUUUGAAUUGGCUUUUUCGAUUAACGAGUUCAACGAAAUAGAAGAAUCUGAAAGAUCGAAUCCCACCAUCCAAGGACUCACCAGCGAUAGAUUUGCCGAACUUACUGACGGCAUCAGCUAUGCUUCGGACAUUUUGGAUUUCAUCGGAGACACGUUUGGUUUGGAGUAUCCAACAACAAACUUAUCUCUUCUCACAGUACCUUCGAUGUCCGAGGAAUAUUUCGGUGGACCGGGACUAGUUGGACUGCCGUUUGUCGUCUCUGCCAACUCAUCGGAAGAUCACGAUUAUUUAGUUCUACAGCUUUCCCGAAGUCUUUUACGUCAUUAUAUUCUGAGCAAAUUGAAGCCAACUACUUGGCGUGAGAUGUUCAUCGUUGAAGGGCUGUCCUGGUACUUCAGCACUCAGGUUCGGGACUACAUGUUUCCAGAUCGACCCACGGAGAAGCAAUACAUUCUAAAAGAACACAAUCCUUUCAACAAGAUAACCAAUCUCUCAGAGGAUCAAGAGGACCUCAACGCACUGAUAGCGACUUGGAGCUGCCGAUUGCGAAUGCCCGAAUGUGCCAUAGGAAUGACUAAAUUCCUAACCCAGGGUUCUCCAGAGCACAUGAAACGACCAUUUUUAUUCAAACAGUUAACUUUCGAAAACGACUUCCUGUGGAGCUUCAACGGUACAGCUGACCCGGAUGUAACAGGAAGAAUCCGAAAACAUAUUUCACUGGGCAAAACCGACUUCUACCCGUCCCUUUUGGAGGCCGUACCAGCCUUAGAAGAAUUUUUGCUGAUGCAAGACAACAGAGGGAUGAUUUUUGAAUUUGUUUUGGAAAAAGCUUUAACGAGCAGUUCACAAAACGAUCAACAUCAACUGCUGGACGAAUUGUUCCGAUCCAUGGAGGAAGCCGACAAGCGCGACAUUCUAAGGAAAGUGGCAGCACGAAUAGAGACAAAGCCAGACUUUGAGAUACUUUCGUCACUUGUUGAACACGCGAGAGAAACUUUUGUUGAUACUUCCAUUUUGGAUCAAAUCAUUCAAAUUGCCAAACGAAGUGUGGAUUGGAGGACUUUGAGGUACAAGGAAUUUCUGGCAGCUUUGAAAUCGGUGUGA